GACUUUCUUCUUCACUGACUCUCUGCAUACUGUGAAAUCGCCAUUUCUUCAUCUCUCCCAAUCUCCUUCUCAAAUUCCGAUCUUUCUCGUCUCUGUCAAUCCAGAUCCCUCCGAAUUCAGCCAAUGCUGCUCCGAUGAUCGGAUUCGGAUCCCACAUUUUCGUCUCUCCCCAUCCACCCCCUUUUCAGCCCUAAUUGAUCCAAUCAAUCCAAAAACCCCUCACUCCCCCAAUUCAAUCCCUAAAUUAUACACUUCAAUCGCUGAUUCCCCCAAUUGAUUCGGCAAUUUCCCAAUCCAAUCAUCAGAACGAUGAAAUCCACGGGCCGAUUCUUCACGAUCGGGCUGGUGACGUCGUGGUACUCGUCCAACAUUGGGGUUUUGCUGCUGAACAAGUACCUGCUGAGCAAUUACGGCUUCAAGUACCCGAUUUUCCUCACCAUGUGCCACAUGACGGCGUGCGCGCUGCUCAGCUACAUCGCCAUUGCGUGGAUGAAGGUCGUGCCGAUGCAGACGAUAAGAUCUAGGGUUCAGUUCAUGAAGAUCUCGGCUCUCAGCUUGAUCUUCUGCACCUCGGUCGUCAGCGGCAACAUUUCGCUCAAGUACUUGCCGGUCAGCUUCAAUCAGGCCAUCGGCGCCACCACGCCCUUCUUCACCGCCGUCUUCGCCUACUUGAUGACUCUCAAGAGGGAGGCGUGGUUGACUUACGUGACUCUGAUUCCUGUGGUCACCGGAGUCGUCAUCGCCAGUGGGGGUGAGCCGAGUUUCCAUUUGUUCGGUUUUCUAAUGUGUGUCGGAGCAACAGCUGCAAGGGCACUGAAAUCAGUGGUUCAGGGGAUUUUGCUUUCGUCUGAAGGGGAAAAAUUGAAUUCUAUGAACCUGCUGCUGUACAUGGCUCCUAUAGCUGUUGUGUUGCUGCUUCCCGCUACGCUUUUUAUGGAGGAAAACGUUGUUGGUAUCACAUUAGCAUUAGCUAGAGAAGAUGUCAGAAUUAUUUGGUUGCUGUUGUUCAACUCUGCGCUGGCGUAUUUCGUAAAUUUGACCAACUUUCUGGUCACGAAACACACCAGUGCUCUAACUCUUCAGGUGCUUGGAAAUGCGAAAGGGGCAGUAGCAGUGGUCGUCUCCAUACUGAUCUUCAAGAAUCCCGUCUCUGUAACGGGGAUGCUUGGAUACUCCCUUACCGUCAUUGGUGUUAUCCUCUAUAGUGAAGCCAAGAAGCGCAGCAAAUGAGAGCGCGGCCAUCAACAAAGACGUCAUCCAUAUUGUAAUUUGACAGAGCUUGGCCCCGGGAAGACGUAUUUUUGCCCAAAGGGCCAAGGAGGAGAGCGAGAGAGCAACAAAGGGUUCGACACGUACCAGCAGUAGUGGAGUAGAAGUAUAAAUAAGUGACUCAAAUGUCUUAAUUUUUCCCAAUCUUGGCUUCUCAAAGUAAGCUCACUUUUACCUUAAUUCUUUUGGGAAAGAUUCGAUCCAUUUACACAGCUUGUGAUUAUAAUUUUUUUACAAUGUCAAUUAACUAUAGACAUACACAGAGUUUAUCAAUUUGUUAUCAUCCUUACUUCAUCAAAUGAUAUAUGAAAGAAUACUAUAUUAGCCAA